CUCGUGGUUUCGGCGCUUUGAAAGCCUGCUUGGAUGGUCAAUUUGUUCGGCGCGGUGGGUAGCAGACUCGCAGCCAUGUGGCUGUCCAUGUUGUCCUUCACCGCGGCCAGCCAGCAUUUGGCGCAGAUCCGGCGGUCCCUGGCAGAGCUGGAGGCCAGCGCCCAGGAGCUCUUCGAGGCAGGGCGCCUCGCGGACCACCUCCCAGCGCUGGGCCAAGCGCUGGAAGCCGCAGAGCGCCACCUCACCGCAGAGACGUCCGCCGAAGGCCAAGAGCUCUUCUUCAUGGUUCGAGUUCUGCGAGGCACCAUCCACCAGCAAGCCGCCGGCCUGGAUGACCUGGCCGUGGAGGACUUGAAUGCCUUCACCCUCUCAAACCCACGCUUUUGGGAUGAAUACUACGCAGGCGUGUCGGGAAACGGGCAGUUCGACUGGUACGGCACAUGGGACACGGAGAUCCUGUGGCCCCACGGGAGAACAACCCUGGGCUCUGUCAUACGCCCUUGGCUUCGCCGAGAGGACAGCAUUUUGAUGCUCGGUUGCGGAAGGUCAGACAUGUCCGAGCAGAUGUAUCGCGAAGGCUUCAAGAACAUCACCAAUGCAGACAUCAGCGCGACCUUGCUUGAUAGUCUCCGCCAAAGGCUGGCGCCCGAAAUGCCCGGAAUGUCAUGGCGUUGGAUGAACGCCUCAGCGCUGCCGCUCUUGACACGGGCGGACGUGGUUCUGGAGAAGGGCACCUUGGAUGCCUUGAAGGAGAACCCAGGCCUCUUCCAGGCAGCAGUCCGGGAAGCCUAUCGCGUGCUGACGAGCGAGGGGCUGCUCAUCUCGGUGACGGAUUCAGACCUGGAGCUCGAGAAGCUGGCGCGCUUCUCCUGCAAAGCUGUUAGCGGUGAGGUGCUGGAUGGCAAGACGCUUCAUGUGUUCAUUUGCCAGAAGCUUGCUGAGUCCUGGUUUUCGACACUGAAAUCGUGGAGCCGGCUUGAGCUGUGAAGCUGUGAGGCUGGCGAGUUGGCUUCGCGUGAGCGUUGUGUGGAUGCGUCCAACCACCCAGACUCAGAACUUCGACUGAGCAGCAUCCGCGUUGCCCCCACACAAGAGUGCGCGCGAACGCACAGGCACAUGCACA